AAAAUGGCAGAUUUCGAUAUUGUUAAUAAAUGCAUCAGGAACAUGGAAAAGGAGAUACAGCUGUUGCAAACGGAAAUAUCGAAUGUUCGAGCCGGUAUCGGACUGGAAGAGUGUAGUCCGGAACUUAAAAAACUGACGGAAGAGAACAUACGAUUAACUCAUCGAUUGGAAAUUUUGAAGUCGGCUAUAGUUAAAGAAGGAGGGGCUAGUGCCGCUACACCCAGUUCGGAAGAAUCCAUAUUAGAACAAUUACAACAGGUGUUCACGGAUGCUAUUCAAAAAGCAUUUCCUACUUUAACGGUUCCUGCUGUGAUUACUAUUUCUACUUCACCCAAAUUUGGUGACUAUCAAUGCAAUAGCGCAAUGCAAAUUGUAAAGUUGCUGAAGCAGCAAUCUGUUAAUAUAUCACCAAUUAAUGUAGCACAAAAAAUAAUUGAAAAGUUACCGAAAACAGUAGCUUGUAUCGAUAAAGUAGAAAUUGCUGGAGCUGGCUACGUAAAUGUUUUCCUUUCCAGAACUUAUGGAGAACAACGCAUUAUGAGCAUCUUGAAGAAAGGUUUGAUAAUCCCUGUAAUCGAAAAGAAACGUGUAAUUGUAGACUUUUCCUCACCCAACGUCGCAAAGGAAAUGCAUGUUGGACAUUUACGAUCAACUAUAAUUGGUGAUUCAAUUUGUCGGUUCCUUGAAUUUCUUGGACAUGAUGUUCUUCGUAUAAAUCACAUCGGUGAUUGGGGAACUCAGUUUGGAAUGUUGAUUGCUCAUUUGCAGGAUCGAUUCCCGAACUUUCAAACUGUGUCUCCUCCGAUAAGCGAUUUACAGGCAUUCUACAAAGAAUCGAAGGUUCGAUUUGAUACCGACGAAGCAUUUAAAAAACGUGCCUAUGAAUGUGUAGUUAAACUUCAAAGUGGUGAAUCGUUGUACUUGAAGGCAUGGAAUUUGAUAUGUGAUGUAUCACGUAAAGAAUUCCAAAUUAUAUAUAACAGAUUGGAUGUUAAGCUCACUGAGCGGGGCGAAUCGUUCUACCAGAGCAGGAUGCAAACGAUUGUGAAUGAUCUUAAAAAAGGAGGAUUUUUGGAGGAAGAUGAAGGUCGAUUGAUUAUGUGGGGCGAAGAUCGUGCAGGUAUUCCCCUAACAGUCGUGAAGUCAGACGGAGGUUUCACAUACGACACGUCCGAUAUGGCAGCCAUCAAACAACGGCUGUACGAAGAAAAAGCAGAUUGGUUAAUAUACGUCACAGACGCUGGUCAAGCAACGCAUUUUCAGACAAUUUUUUCCUGUGCAAAACGUGCGCAUAUUCUCGAUGAAAACAGACAUCGGGUCGACCACGUUGGUUUUGGUGUGGUCCUUGGUGAGGAUGGAAAAAAAUUCAAGACACGGUCGGGUGAUACAGUGAAGUUAGCUGAAUUGCUCGACGAAGGUCUAAAACGAUCUAUGGAUAAGUUGGUGCUUAAAGAGCGUAAUUUAAUUCUCACACCAGAAGAGCUACGUGCUGCCCAGGAAUCGGUCGCUUAUGGUUGCAUAAAAUACGCGGAUUUAUCCCAUAAUCGUAACAACGAAUACAUUUUUUCAUUCGACAAGAUGCUUGAAGAUAAAGGAAAUACGGCCGUGUACUUGUUGUAUGCAUUGACUCGCAUUCGUUCAAUAGCUAGAAACUGUGGAGGAGAUUAUAUCAAUAACAUGCGUAAAGUUAUUGAAAGUACAGAUUUUAAGAUACAACACGAUAAGGAAUGGAAACUUGCAAAACAGCUGCUUCGUUUUCCUGAUGUAAUAUUAUUGGUCAUGAAAAACCUGUCUUUACACCACCUUUGUGAGUUCGUGUACGAGACUUGUACCACUUUUAGUGAAUUUUACGACAGUUGCUAUUGCAUAGAAAAGAAUGCCAAUGGUGAAAUAACCAAAGUCUAUGCAUCAAGAGUUCUUCUAUGCGAAGCAACAUCUAGAAUAUUGGAAAAAUGUUUCGAUAUACUGGGUCUAAAGCCGGUUAAUAAGAUUUGAAGAACAUAUGGUC